AUGGCCACCGCUGCUUCGCCGCCCGGCUCAUUUACGCUGACACCCAAGAGUAGUGCGGUGUCAUCGCUACUGCAGCUACCAUAUCGGGUCGCACAGGCGCUGUUGUCGCCCGGCAGCGGUGAAGGGUUGCUAUCGCUGCUGCCUGGCUCGGUGCGGCAACUGCUGCCUGGCUGGGACCCAGACCGCGACAUGCCUGACAUGUUUGGCAAGGUCGUGCUGGUAACGGGCGCCAACAGCGGCAUCGGCUUUCAGACGUCCCGCCUGUUGGCACGAAACAAUGCACAUGUGGUCAUGGUGGUUCGGGACGUCGACAAGGGAAAAAAAGCUGUGGAAGACAUUCGCAACGAGUUCAGCUACGCCAAGCUAACGCUGAUGCAGGCGGAUAUGGCCUCGCUAAAGUCAGUUCGGAAAUUAGCUGACGACAUUACGGCCACGGAGACUCCCCUCCACGUGCUCGUCAACAACGCGGGGGUACUCGCACCGGGGCCCUUCACCGUCACAGAGGACGGAUUUGAGCUCACCAUGGCCACCAACUUUUUCGGCCCGCUCUACCUGACGUUGUUGCUCCUGCCACGCCUGCGCGCCAGCGCCCCCUCGCGGGUUGUCAACGUGGCCUCCUUUGGGGAGAUGUUCGGCCGGGUCCACUGGGACGAUCUGCGGUGUGUGCGACACUUCACCACACGAGGCAUCGUGUCCACUCCGGGCGAGGCCAAGUCCGACAAGAGCUACCUGGUGUCCCUCUCGGCCCUCAUCAGCAGCCGCCUCCACGGCCAGUCCGCGCUGAGGGGCGCCAUCGCGCCGCUCUUGGCCGCGACCGAGCCCAAACUGCAAGGCCGUGGCGGCACGUACAUAGGGCCCAACGCGUUCGGGCUGCAGCUGUUUGGCUGGGGCGGCUUCAACACGGUACCCCGGGAACCGGUCAACUGGGCGGCGAAGGACGCGGAGACGUGCAAACAGCUGUACGACGCCGUACGUGGCGUACUGGACAGCGCUACUGUGGCUGCUGGCCUUGGCCAGGUGCCCGUGACCCACUUCCAGGAAGCGCAAGCGGAGGCAAUCGCCAAGGAGCAGCAGCAGAUGGCGGCCGGAAUGGGCGGCGCCUCCAGGGGACUGCCCCUGGAGUCCACAUGGCGCUGA